GGUGCCAGCGGUGGUGGCAGCUGCGGGCGCCGUUUCAUGUUGGCGGUGGUAGCAGCAGGCAGCGGCGGACCAUGGAAUUAGCGACCGGUGGAAGUGGAACCACAGGAAGCACAGCAGCACGGAAGGUGAUGGUGGUCGCGGACCCCACCCGUGAGUCGGCAGCUGCGCUUCAGUGGACCCUCUCUCAUGCAUUGAUGGAGCGCGACGAGCUCAUUCUCCUCCAUGUUGAGAACCCCGCGUCAUGGAAAAACACCUUCUCUACUUUCCUCACCAGAAGACCCGUUAACCCACGCGGGCCCACUGUCGCCAUACACUCCCCCUCCUCCUCCGGCUCCUCCACCACCACUGUCACCGCCACCCCCACCCCCACCCCCAACGCCAAUGCCGCCGCCAUUAAUGUGGCGGCAGAAGGCGGAGGGGAUAACUCAGGAUAUUUUCUGGAAGAAAUGAAGAACGCAUGCGAAGCGGCUCAGCCAAAAGCACGGGUGCAUGUUGAGAGGGUGGAAAUGGGAAGCCAGGACAAGGCUGCUACUAUUCUUUUCCAAAGCGCAGCGCUCUCCGUUGAUCUCCUUGUUAUAGGACAGCGCCGGACUUUCUCCACAGCUUUAUUAGGGAAUAUGCUCACAGGAGGGUCGACAAGAUCAGGAACAACAAAAGGGUUAGACACAGCUGAGUUUUUGAUUGAGAACAGCAUGUGCACCUGCGUUGGAGUACAAAAAAAGGGCCAAAAUGCAGGAUAUCUACUCAGCACAAAAACACAGAAAAAUUUUUGGCUUUUGGCAUGAGCAUUACUGUAAUUCACCAGAUCAGGCUGCCUCUUUUGUAGUCACCCUGCUCUAUAUGGUUCAUUAUUUGCAGCCACAUUUUUUCUUUGUACAACAACGAGCAUAUGAACUCGAGAACAGUUUACUCAAUCAUCAGUUCAUUGUUUCGA